UAGCAGAGCAAAUCAGCUCCUCCUCUCUCUCGCAAGAGAGCAAAAUCAAAAUACACAAUCUUCAAUCCGCCAUCCGCCGCCGCAGCAACAGCUGCACCACCACAUAGCGUGCAAAACACACUCUCCAACUCUUAUCAGUCAUCAUCGAAUCAGACGUAUGGCUAAUUUCUUAACUCCUUGUUCUCUUUUCUUACCUUCAAAUUGACUGCCUAAUUCCCCAUCCAAAUCAAUCCCCAAUUCCUUGACCUAAUUAAGAAAUCCUCGAAUUCAAUCCAUGGAAGACCGGAACAUCGUGUUCGGGAAAUACGAAAUGGGGCGCCUCCUCGGCAAGGGCACGUUUGCGAAGGUGUACCACGGCCGCGACCUCAAGACGUCGGAGAGCGUUGCUAUCAAAGUGAUCAGUAAGGAUCAGGUGCAGAAGGAAGGGCUAAUGGAGCAGAUCACGCGCGAGAUCUCGGUGAUGAGGCUGGUCCGCCACCCGAACGUGGUAGAGAUCAAGGAGGUGAUGGCCACAAAGCAGAAGAUCUUCUUCGUGAUGGAAUACGUUCAAGGCGGCGAGCUGUUCGCGAAGGUCGCCAGGGGGAAGCUGAAGGAGGAUGUUGCCAGGAAGUAUUUCCAGCAGCUCGUCAGCGCUGUUGAUUUCUGCCACAGCCGCGGCGUCUCUCACCGCGACCUCAAGCCGGAGAAUCUCCUCCUCGACGAGGACGGUAACCUCAAGGUCUCCGACUUCGGCCUCUCCGCCCUGCCGGAGCACCACCGCAACGACGGCCUCCUCCACACGCAGUGCGGCACCCCGGCCUACGUGGCGCCGGAGGUGCUGCGGAAGAAGGGAUACGACGGCGCGAAGGCGGAUAUCUGGUCGUGCGGCGUCAUCCUCUACGUGCUCCUCGCCGGAUUCCUGCCGUUCCAGGACGAAAACGUGAUGAAGAUGUACACGAAGAUUUUCAAGGCGGAGUUCUCGAUUCCGCCGUGGAUCUCGCACGAGGCGAAGCGGCUGAUCUCGCGUUUGCUGGUGGUGAAUCCGGAGAAGCGGAUCACGAUCGCGGCAAUCAUGAGAGUUCCGUGGUUCUGCAAAGGAUUCACGCGGCCGGUGGCGUUCUCGGUGAAGGAAUCGGAUCAGGAGCCGAUCGAGGAGAUGGAGCUGAAGCGAUCGAAAUCGUCGCCGCCGUUCUACAAUGCGUUCGAGUUCAUAUCGUCGAUGUCGUCGGGGUUCGAUCUGUCGAAUCUGUUCGAGAGCGGGAGGAGAUCAGGAUCGCUGUUCACGUCGCGGUGCUCGGCGGCGGCGGUGGUGGCGAAGCUGGAGUGGCUGGCUCAGAAGCUGAAUUUCGGGGUGGUGUUGAGCAAGGACUACAAGGUGCGAAUGGUGGGCGCGGCGGAGGGGAGGAAGGGGCGAUUGUCGGUGACGGCAGAGAUAUUCGAGGUGGCGCCGGAGGUGGCGGUGGUGGAGUUCUCGAAGUCGGCCGGAGACACGUUGGAGUACCGGAAGUUCUGCGAGGAGGAAGUGAGGCCGGCUUUGAAAGACAUAGUGUGGACGUGGCAAGGGGAGACGUGUGCUUGCCAGGGUUAGUUUCGUCAUUUCCCUUCUCACCCAAUUUUGUGUAAAUUUGCGCUACUUAAGUCCAUGCAAUGUUUUAUGGUCUCAACAAAUUUGUACAUACUCCUUUUUAAAAUACUUAAUUUAGGCUUGAGUUACUAUGUGUUGUGGGUUGUGUGUUGUGUGUUGUGUGUGUAUAUUUUUGGAUGGAAAGAUUUUGGACCUUCGAAUUUAAGAGUUUUUAAUUAUCAUAUCUAGGAAUGGCAGUGGCUGUGUUGUAUGUUGGGCUUGUUUUGGUAGGUCCUGUCGUCGACAUCGUUUUGUGGUCUCAUCCUCAUCUAUUCAUUCAUCUUCUUUGUUGCCA